GUAUUUGACCGAUGCGGAAGCGUUUUCGCUCUGCGAUUCAACAACGAUCACGACAAAAUCCUGUACAAAAAACAAUCUAAACUUGCUUCAAAACCUUGCCUUGUCAGCGAUGAGUGAGCAACCAACUGGAAAUCCUGUCCAAGUUAAGAGGCCAACAAUCAUACGUGCUGGAUCAAAAUCUGGAUCUACUAACACUGAUGAGGAAAUUUCUAACCAGAGCUCUAACUCAGCACCUGAGGGAGAUCCAAUUUUGCAGCCUGCUGAUAACAGUGAUGUUGUGAUUCGACGCCAGCCUCCAGCAAGACCAUCCGCCGGCCCGGGAAGACCUCCAGUCCAAGUCAAACCUCGACCAGCAAGUGUUCACUUGAAACCUGAGGUCAAGAGAAGCACCAGACCAGCCAGCGUACAUCUCCCGCUGUCCCAGGCGCCUAGCAUCAAGGAUAAACCAUCCACUGGAAGCACAACCCAGAAAAAACGACCUGAAAUAACCAUCAUCUCUGCCAGACCACUCAGUGAGGUCGGUGGGUUCUCUAAAGACACAUCUUGCUCAGUCCCUUCACCCGCCCUGAAAACCCCAGCAGCUCCCAAAGAGCCACCUGCUGUAGACAGUACCUCAAAUCAUCCUGUUGCGGCUCCAAGACGUGCUGCAAACUUGGAUGUAGAAGCUUUGGGAUCUAACCCACUGUCGGUAGAAAACAGAUCAGAGCCACCUGGUGUUACUGGUGCAACCAACAUGUCUGGUCCACCCCCACCACUCCCAUCAAACAGGCCGAAAGGCCCCUAUGUCCCCCCUCCCCUGCCAAGCUCAAGGCCCAAAGCAGCGUACGUUCAUCCUGGGUCGGUGUCCUCUAGUUCAAUUACAGAAGGGGGCUCCAAUAAUCCUGAUCCCAGUCAGCCGAGGUCUGAAACAUUGGCUAAGCCAAGGCUUCAGAGAGUCAAAUCAGGCCCUGAGGAAGUACCCCAUGGUAGUAGCCAGGCAGUUCCGAGCCGACCUCCACAACCUGUGAAUCAUACCUCGGUUCAGUCAUCAAAGCCUGUUGUACCCAACAGUGAAAAGCCUGUGAAAGUGCUUCCCCCUGUACCAGUUGCUCCUAAACUUGAGCCUGUAAACAAACCCCAUGAGGUAUCAGCAGUGCCUAGCCAGCCAGGAGUGAGUCAGUUCAAAUCGCAUGUGCCCAAUCUAUCUGUUCGUCCAAAACCCGCGGAGAAACCAGCUGUGCCCCAACAACCUGUGGUGGCUCUGAAGCCUGCAGAAAAACCUUCACUACCUCAUCCCAUUGCACCUCCCAAACCGUCACAGCGAUCUGUGAACAAUUCAGAGGCUUCUACUGACAACCAACCUACUGCAGAUUCACAUAAACACUCUGAGAGUCAACCCCCAAGACCAACCAUGCCUCUCAAACCCCCCUCCGCUGGAAACAAGUAUUCCAGAUCGGACAUACUGUCCUUGUUCGACAACACUUUUCAAAAGAAUUCCAAACCAGAGAACAAAACUACUAGUGGUGCUGCUGCAAAAAAUGCAAACACUGAGAGUGCCCUCAAGUUUGGCGGUCUGGCUGCAAAUGCAGCUGCCUCUGAUGGAACUAGAUCAAAGAAUGAGGUGCAGGCAUUUCAGUAUGCUGGUGCAGUUGCGCAGAACACAACAGCCGAGGACGUGAAUAACAUUGGCGGAGCUAUGGAAGAGUUGAGGAAAUCUGAAGAUGGUCACAAGGCUGUGAGCUCCUUCUCACGCAUCGCCAAGAGCACAGCAUCUGAUGUUAGAUCAUCCGACUCGUCAUCUGGUGACCUCAAAUGGCAGGUAGCCAGCUCAGCUGCAAAGAACGUCACCGCUGACGAUGCUAAGAACGUAGGCAAGGCUGGUAUGGCCAUGGCAAAAUCGGAGCAAGGGCGCAAAGCAGCCUCGUCGAUCUUCAGUAUCGCCAAAUCAAGUAUGAACCAAGUGAACGAAUCGCAAAAAAAUUCUGCUGCGCAAAACCCUUCCGCAAGGGCACGACCCAAAAACCAGGGGCAGCAAGGCGGGUCUGGAUUCAGCAUGAACAGCCUGAUGGGUCUUAUGCCACCUCCUAAGACACCUGUGCAACCAACGCCAAAGCCAGCCACAGCAGGCGGGCAUAGACCAGCACCAGUGCCAAAGUUUAAGAUCUCAACUGAGCUAGUAAAGGCAGAAGGUGGGCCUCGCUCCAAACCAACUAUCAUCAGACCAGGAGCUGACAAGCCAGUGUCCAAACCCAACAGUCGGACCAGUUCACCUGAUGUCAAACGCAAGGUGCCACCACCCAGGCCCUCCGCUGGACCAGGGAAGACUAAAGGCGCUGCCCCGACCAGACCCAACGCCCCAAGUAACCAGUUGAAGUCCUCCUCCUCCAGCCAGAAACCCAAGAGGAAGGCCCCUGUCAAGCCACAAGGCAAGAAACCCUCCCCGUCUGACACACUUCCACCAAGACCAGGACCUGGCCAUCCACUCUAUAACAAAUACAUGGUUUCAGAACCUCAUGGGAUUGCCUUGUACGAUUACAAACCAAUCCAACCGGAUGAACUAGGAUUUAAGACAAACGAUAUGAUCCUCCUAUUGAAGCGUAUUGAUGCUGAUUGGCUGAAGGGUCGCUGCGGCAGUUCGGAAGGUCUGAUCCCAGCAGCCUUCCUGAAAAUCAUCAAAGACAUUCCACAGACGGGGAGUAAAUCUAAAUCUAAUGAGCCGAAUGCAGUAGCCGUUUUCAGCUUUGAGGGCGCAGCGUCUGAUGAGCUACGAUUUAAUGAAGGAGAUAACAUCAUACUGCUAGACAGAGUUGGGGACCAGUGGUUGAAAGGACAGUGCAAAGGAUCUACGGGCAUCUUCCCUGCUAACCACGUCAAAGUCAUUGUGGAUCUUCCGGCAAAGUCAACGAAAAGUGAUGUUGUCAGUAGUGGACCCAGAUGCAUAGCAAAGUACGAUUACGACAGCGUUAAUCCGAGCGAUCUCGCAUUCAAAGAGGGCUCUGUGAUCAAGCUACUAGAUAAUGCGGGCCCUCAAUGGCUGAAGGGACAACACAAAGGCAAGACUGGGAUCUUCCCAGAUUCAUAUGUUGACAUCAUUGAAGCUCUACCCUCUACCAAGAAAUCAACCAGCGUCAUGAACGGCAACUCAGGGAACGUAGCUACCGCUCUGUAUGACUUUGAAGCCGCCGAAAGCAACGAGAUAAGUUUAAAGGAAGGCGAUCGGAUCACCCUUCUUGGGCAAGUCAACGCUGAGUGGCUUCAUGGGGAGGUCAGAGGAUACAAGGGGAACUUCCCUUCAGGAUUUGUGGAUCACAUCCCGGCCAAUCUACCUGCAUUCACUGAUAGUCCAUCAGAGAUUGGCGAAUGCAUUGCAAAGUUUGACUUUGAGCCUGCUGCAGAGGGUGAGCUAGCCCUAAAGGUUGGUGAUCGUAUCACCCUUCUAGAGUACAUCGGCGAUGAUUGGCUGAGAGGGCGCUUGGGUCUUAGGGAUGGUAUCUUCCCCAAGUCAUUCGUGGACAUUGUGGGGAAGCAGAUGGGUAAUGCAUCUGGCACAGCAUUGAGCAAUCCUACAUGCAAGGCCUUGUAUGACUUCUAUGCUGAAGAGGCGGAUGAGCUCACUAUUGUGAAUGGCGAUGUGAUUGAGAUCUUGGAGCAUGUGAGUGCUGAUUGGCUGAAGGGACGACUGAAAGGAAAGACGGGCAAGUUCCCCAAAGCAUUCGUCGAUAUCAGAUGAUGUCAUCAUCUGAAUCGUCAUGGUUAUGUACAUUUUUUAAUAUGCAAAAUAGCAAUUUAUUUAUCAUAUAUUUUUACCCCAUUCCUGCUGAGUAUUUUGUGAUGAAUAAUUAUCGUGCAUGUUUCUGAAGAAUAACCAGUAAUACUUAAAAAUACUAAUUUACCAAGCAAGGUGUUAAUUGUUUAUUUAUUUACUUUUUAUGCACUGCGCGCAAACACUGUACUUACUUUAUGAGUUUAAGUUUGGCACCUGUUACAUUUUGACCCAAUUUCUACUGCUUUAAGAAUUGCUGCUUAGCAAAAGUUAGCAGGAAACCAGUCACUAAAAUGAUCAUAUGACAUUGGCAUCUUGGCUGGUAACCUGUUUCUGAUUAGUAAAUUUGUGCGCUUACGAAAUUUGGCCCAGAUGAAGCUGCAAUUAUCUUUGUCUACAACCCUGACUCUGUCAAUAAAGCUCCUCAUUGCACCAAAGCAGGAGCCAGGCUAUUUUAUUUUGCAGCCUUGGUCAGGUGAUACAUGUAUUUUUUUUUAACUGCGGUUUUGGUUCGGGCUUUGGGCUCAGGCUCUGUCUGCCUUGUUAAAGCCCUGAAGGGAAAAUGCAUGUUUUCUACAAAACUGACGAAGGCUGAGCCAAAGCACGAGCAAUGGUUUCGAAAAAGCGCUGUUGAUUUGAACUUGAAGCUGACAUAAAAUGCUGCAGGCACUGAAUUGCUGAAACGAACUUACACUGAUCCCAAGCACUGCCUUUUGGUAAAAACUGCAUGGCAUGGGCUUUGAUAAGGAUACUCAACAUUUAAUGUAAAACAAUUUAUUACAAUUAAGUAUUACUUUAAAUAUAAUAUUAAUAAUAAUAAUAAUAAUUGUGAAAAGGCAUUUGUAAAGCGCCUAAUGCGAAAAGCC